GUCGUGACGUCGGCGGUUGCUAUGGAGAUGCACGCUCCGUAGACGUAGACCGCGAGCUGACGCCGAGAGCCUCCGGGUCGGAACGUGGCUUUGAAGCAGAGUUUUCUUCCACCAUGACCGGCCGCAGCAGAGGUCGAAAGACCUCCCGCGCCAAAAGCCGGGGCAAAGGCCGCGCCAAAGCCCAAGUCCGCGCUGCUCCUGACCACGCCUCGCGCGACCCGGAUCCUCCACAGUGCCCGAGCCCCGGGGAAGACACCCAGGUGGCACAGGUGCAAGCUAGCGCGAGGGCGGGUGGCUCGAAGGCUGCUGCUCCUGAGCCGGCCCUGCAGCCUGGGGACAAGUACCAGGAGUCCUGCUGGCUGCCCUUGGACUGCGGCCUAGCGCUCAGGGACGAGGCCGGGGGGGACCGCGCGAUGGCCGCCACCAGGCCAGGCCCAGGAAGGACCAUGUCUUUUUCAGAGCGCCUGGCCGCAGACACCGUCUUUGUGGGAACUGUGAGAACUGUGGCAAGGCCGAAAAAUGGCCCCCGCGCUGGGACCCGGCGUGGCCCUGCUGGGAAGAAGGUGCCAGAAAAAAGCUGUAGCUCGGCAGUAAGGGCGUCUCAGGCCAUAGCUGGUGGAAAGCCGAAGAAAGGGGCUGCUGGGCAGUGUACUCCCGCCUCAGUGGGGGAGGAAAGGAAGGUGGUGGAGACGCUUUCGAGGUCCGGGCUCCUGGCACCCGAAGGCAACAUGGACACCCUAGAGACGGUCCAGCUGAAGCUGGAGACCAUGAACGCGCAGGCCGACCGGGCCUACCUCAGGCUCUCGCGCAAGUUCGGGCGGCUUCGACUAUACCACUUGGAGCGCCGGAAUGCCCUCAUCCAGGACAUCCCAGGGUUCUGGGGGCAAGCUUUCCGAAACCACCCCCAGCUCUCAUCUUUUCUCAACAGCCAAGAUAAAGAGGUACUAAGCUAUUUGAACAGAUUGGAAGUGGAGGAACUUGGCCUUGCUAGAUUGGGCUACAAAAUCAAGUUCUACUUUGGCCGUAAUCCCUAUUUCCAAAAUAAAGUGCUCAUCAAGGAAUAUGGUUGUGGGCCUUCCGGUCUGGUGAUUUCUCACUUUACUCCGAUCCAGUGGCUCCCAGGACACGAUCUGCACUCCAUAUGUCAGGGAAACCCAGAAAAAACCCGUAGUUUUUUUGGGUGGUUUGUGAACCACAGCUCUAUUGAGUCUGACAAGAUUGUCGAGAUUAUCAACGAGGAACUAUGGCCCAAUCCCCUGCAGUACUACCUUAUGAGUGAAGGAGCCCGUGGAGAGAAAGGAAGGGAGGGCAGGCCAGGUCCAGCGAAGCAGCCAGUGGAGACCCCUCAGCCUGGGGCAAAACCAUCUAAGUGAUCCUGUGCAAGUCUCCCUACUACCUCCUUCGGGAUCUGUUCCUGGCUCCUCAUGUGUGCUUGGCUGCCUUUGUUUUCUUCUUGACCUCCAUGUACUGUAGUCCAUUUGGACUUUAGCUACAAGAAUAUGGCACUUACGAUCAUGUUCUUUUGCCUCUCCAUGGCCUUCUUGUUUUUUUUUUUUUUUACAAUAGUGUGUGAUCUUACUCUGCUGUUUUUAUGUUAAGGACUUAAAACUUCAGAUGCGUGCUGCCUAUCUGUACAUUGCCUGGACCCUGUUCUUGGCUCUGGCCUUUCCCACUUGUCUUUAUCAUGAACAUUUACAAGUCAUUCUUCAGGAGGACUAGAGCAUCCUCAAGCUCUGCUACUUCAUGGCAAGUGACUUGCUCGGCUUCAAGUUCAUGCUGGCCAUGGACAUUAUCAAUGGAAAGCUUUGCUGUUACCACUGCAAAAUGAAGCCAGUGCAUGCAGUUAGCCAGAAUUUAUUGUUAUAUGGGUCUGGGAGCACCAGCCAAGGUGCCACCUACUUCAUCUCUAGCUUUGGCCAGCAGAAUGGCACUUACCAUCAUGUGUGUCUUCUUGCCUCUGGGCGUGUCUGCUGAUGAAUCUUCACUGUCUGGCUACGCCUGGUGACUGUCAGACCUCUAAAUUUUGUCUAGGUUGCUAUCAGCUCUGGUUGGCUUCCUGGGCAACAGGGACCUCAGGAACGCCUGUGGACUCAAGCACCCUGCCAAUGCAUGAGACACACCCGCCCUCAGACUUUAGGAACCCUCUUGUCUGAGACUGAUGGGCAGGCUGGUAUGUGUGGACAUGCUCACUGUCUUCAUGCUGUGGCUCCAGGUGAGGGUGGGGCCUGGGCCCCAUCUUUGUCUGCUAAAUACCUUUGUUAGCUUCCCCUAUUUCAUCUUUAAGAUAUGACCAGGGUGCCCUAGUGGAGGUGCUGUUGAAGAGGUGUUUCUCAUCUGUGGACUGCUGUCUGCUUGACUGUAUCUCGCAUCUCCAUAGUACUUCCUUGACUUCCAGAUCUCUUUCCUACCCUGCCUUCCACUCUCCCUCUUCCCACCACCUGCCUUUCCUCCCCUGCCCCUUUCCUUUCUUCCUUUUUUAUUGUUUUGAAUUUUUGAAAAUAGUACCACAGCUCAGGCAGAGAAAAGUGAUUUCUACAUAUAGAACCAGGGAUACAGCUGGGGACCUCUAUGCACAAUCACACACUAGGCUGAAAUAGAGUCAAGGAAACCAAAAGGCCAACUGGGUUUGUGGUCAGACUCUGGUCCUCACACCUGGGGCUCACUCUACAGUUUUGAUGUUGAAAACCCAACUACACCUGUGUUGUAGACUAGUGUCUACUCUUUUUUUUUUUUUUCUUUUGUGGCAGUAGGGGUUAAACCCAAGGCCUAUGCACUGAGUUACAUCCCCUCCCUUUAAAAAACAAGUUUGUGGUUUUGUGGGGUUGUGUUUUUUGUUUUUUUUGUUUGUUUUUGUUUUUUGUUUUUGGUGGUAAUAUCUCACUAGGUAGCUAAGUUGCUGAGGCUGCACUCAGGUUUGCUGUCCUGCCUCAGCCUCCCACACUGCUGGGAUUACAGUCUGUUCUUGUUCUGACUUCUGUGUGUGUUCCUCACAACCCAGGGGCCUCUUGUCUCCUCCUUUGUAGUAGUUUCAGCUGUCUGGAUCAUCAGUCCCAACUUUCCCACUCUGACAGUCCUUUGCUCUGUACCUUCAGAUGGCUGCAGGAGUAGGCACUGGUCUCCACUAUAUUCCAAGGUGCGCUUAGGGUGUGGGAAUCUGUCCUAGACCUUCAGGUUGUUUCCAGUAGCUAGGCAAGCUGAGCCUGGGCCCACCCUGCACAGGCUUGUUUGUGUCCUCUUUCCUCCUCAUCCUUGAGGGUGGAAAGGAGGAUUAGGUCUACAGUUGCAUUCCCCCGGUUUCCUUUACCUUAAAGUAGACCUCAUUCUGAGUUUUGUGAGGGAGUCUUUGACUGAGAGUUGGAGUACAGCAGGGCCAGGUGGGGGAAUUAGAGCAAAUAUGGAGAGAAGGGACAAUCCUGGUAUGGGAUGGCGUUGGGGAAAAAUGACAGAAAUGGCUUGAGAAAGUGCAGGGAGAACAUGCUUAUCUCAGUGAUAAAGGGGAUAAAAAGAGCCUUCUUUAGGAUCAGGAAAGGAGAGUUAAAGGGGUUGUUGAUAAGUAGGAUGCCUAGGUGAGGGUGAAUCUAGAAUUUUGACCAGUCUGCAUCUCAUCAUUAGUGGAUUUUUUGCCUCAGAGAAACAAACCAAAACUAGAAUAAUGUUAACUUUGGAUGCUUCCUCUUGUUUUAGUUGUGACCUUGUGUAUGUGGAAGCUUAAUGCUACAUUGCUGGGUAUUUUGCUUCUAAAAUCUUAACCACUUUUCCCCAUUUUUGCCUGAAAUUUACAAAUCUACUUUUUUUUUUUUUUUUUUAAAGAAACUGUUUUGCUUUUUGUUAGGGACAUUUUCAGAAGCACAGAGGAUGGUCCUUGGUCCCUGUGUACCCAUCACCUAGCUACAGUUACCAGUCGUGAUGAAUCUAAUUUCAUAUGUAGUUGUUUCUUCUCCCUGUGUUGUUUAUUGACAGUUCAAGACAUUGUGCCCACGCAGCAAGACUACUUUGAGAGAUCGGCACUCUGGUGGUGGUAGUUGUGGGGUGUACUAUCAUUAUUAUAUCAGGUGUGCUUUUGGCUUUCAGUGUUAACUAAUGAAGUCCCAGAAAUGGGCCUUAGAAAUGAGUCUUCAGAAUUAGUAAGGAGACUCAGAGGUGAAGGGGAUGCUCUGUCUCCCUCACAUCCUCAAAAGGAGAGACUGUUCUGUUAUAAAACUACUUUAAAGACUCUGAUAUAACAUACUUGAGACCUUUUACUAUAAAAUCAGUCUUUUUUUUUUUCUUGUGUAAUAUGGCAGCUUGUAUGACUGCUAGGAUUGUUAUCAGCUUAUUCUGGUCUCAUAAUAAAACGCUGGUCUUGGAAAUACAAUUUGGAAAUUAUUGUUGUGUUCUAUGAAAAUAACCUCCCCAAAAUAAUCACUAACUAGUUGUUGUACUUGAUAAUUUGACAGUCUGGUAAAAAGACAAUUAUUUCUGUGUUCCUAAACAGAAUAAAUAGUUGUAAACUUGCAUGCAUGUUGGAAAAAUAAAAACAUAUCUCUCUUA